AUGUCAAGCCCUGUUACUUUACAUUUAAGAGCCGAAACCAAGCCAUUGGAAGCUAGAGCUGCUUUAACUCCCUCAACUACUAAGCAAUUAUUAGAUGCUGGGUUUAAGGUAUAUGUUGAAAAGAGUUCCCAAUCAACAUUUGAUGCUGAUGAAUAUGAAAAGGUUGGUGCUACCAUUGUACCAGAAGGAUCUUGGAAGGAAGCUCCUAAAGACAGAAUAAUUUUUGGAUUAAAGGAAUUACCAGAAGACGAAACCUUCCCAUUAGUACAUGAACACAUUCAAUUUGCUCAUUGUUAUAAAGACCAAGGUGGAUGGAAAGAUGUUUUAAGGAGGUUUCCAGAAGGUAAAGGUACCUUAUAUGAUUUAGAAUUUUUGGAAAAUGAUCAAGGUAGAAGAGUUGCAGCCUUUGGAUUUUACGCAGGCUUUGCAGGUGCUGCCAUUGGGGUAAUGGAUUGGGCUUUCAAGCAAACCCACUCUGAUAAUGAAGAUUUACGUGGAGUCACCCCAUACCCAAAUGAAGAUGAAUUAAUUGCUGAUGUCAAGAAGGUGCUAGAUGAAGCAUUGAAAAAGAAUGGAGGUGAAUACCCACAAUGUUUAGUCAUUGGUGCUUUAGGUAGAUGUGGAUCUGGUGCUCUUGACUUCUUCAAGAAGGUUGGCAUUCCAGAUGAAAAGCUCAUUAAAUGGGAUAUGAAAGAAACUGCUAAAGGUGGACCAUUCCAAGAAAUUGUUCAAUCUGACAUAUUCGUCAACUGUAUUUACUUAUCCCAACCAAUUCCACCAUUUAUCGAUUACGAAGGCUUAAAUGUUCCUGACAGAAAAUUGAGAACCAUCGUUGAUGUCUCUGCUGAUACUACUAACCCUCACAACCCAAUUCCUGUCUACAGUAUUGCAACUGUCUUUAAUGAUCCAACAGUCCCAGUUGAAACUAGUGCCGGUCCAAAAUUGUCCGUCUGCUCAAUUGACCACUUACCUUCAUUGUUACCAAGAGAAGCCUCAGAAUUCUUUGCUAAGGACUUAAUGCCUUCAUUGCUAGAAUUACCAAAUAGAGAUACUUCUCCUGUUUGGGUCAGAGCUAAGCAAUUGUUUGACAAACACGUUGCCAGAUUAGAUUGA